CGAUUCUUUGGUAACCACUUCCGGUCUAUCACUCUGUCAGUCUGAAGUUGAAAUACUAGAAACCAAAGAAGCUCUGAGUCGGUACCGCCUCACUGACCCAACCAGCCCAACAGAGCCGUCACUUUUCCCCGGACUACGACCAGAAGCUUAAAAUGCUAUUGAUGGGUGUUUACCUGGAUCACUUCUGCUGACCAGUCCAAUGCUUAAUUUUCUAUGGGGGUGGUUACUACUAUGGACCCGGAUUCGGCCCGGCAACCGCAGGGCAAGUUGGGUAAAGGUGGCCACGCGCUAAUAGGGGCCAAUCUGGGCACUCGGGGAAAACACUAUGUGUGCGGCUCGCUUGCUGCGUUCACCAACAUCAUCGUGACCUUUCCUAUUCAGAAAGUUUUGUUCCGGCAGCAGCUUCACGGGGUCCGAGCGACCGAGGCCGUCCGUCAGUUGCAGAGGGAAGGGUUGAGACAUCUCUACCGAGGGCUUCUGCCUCCACUACUGCAGAAGACCACCACCGUGGCCAUCAUGUUUGGUCUGUAUGAGGAUUUUUCCCGGUUGCUUUUGCGUCACGCUCACAGAAGUGGUGCGCCUGAGCUUGUUACACGGAGCGUCGCUGCUGCGCUGGCCGGGAUGGCUGAGGCCGCCCUUACGCCGUUCGAAAGGGUGCAAACGCUGCUUCAGGAUCACAGGCAAAACGGGCGUUUCAAUAACACCGCCCACACCUUCCGGACUCUCCUGCGUGAUUAUGGUGUGAGGGAGUGCUACCGUGGGCUGGUCCCGGUUUUGUUGCGAAACGGGCCUAGUAACGUUUUGUUCUUUGGCUUGCGUGGGCCAAUUAAGCAGCGGCUGCCUGAUGCCCGAACCCAUAUGGGUCACAUGGCCAAUGACUUUGUGUGUGGCGGGCUGCUGGGGGCGGCACUGGGUAUCAUGUUCUACCCCCUGAAUGUGGUCAAAUCUCGAGCUCAGGCUCAAGUCGGGGGCGAGUUUGUUCCUUGCCAUCAAGUGCUGAUGACGGUGUGGCGGGAACGAGGCGGCAGCAUCGUGCUGCUCUUCCGCGGAGCGACGCUCAACUACCAUCGAUCUCUUCUGUCGUGGGGGAUCAUCAAUGCGACUUACGAGCUACUACUGAAAGUUUUCUGAAGACUAGGGUGGAUAACGGCGUGCACUUUUUCCGAAGCAAGCCAAAUUGAGAGUUUUUUACCUCUUUAAAAGAGGUCUGGACACUGCCAGCUCCUUAACGUCUGCACUUAAAGGGAUAGUUCACCCAAAAAUGAAUCAUUUACUCACCCCCAUGUCAUUUCAA